GUAAAUAGCGGGAUAUUGCUUGAUGGCGAGCAGUACUGUUGUGUGAGAGGAAAAAUAGAAAACUAAAUUGCCGUUUUUUGAAAUCAAACGAACCAAUGCAGACUAUUAGAUACCAGUUGUAACAAUGAACGAAUCGACACGAAAAGAUGACGAUGAUCAGGGUUUCAAUCAUUUUGGGGAGUAUUUUGAUCCAAAAGCGGAAAGUGACCUGGACCCAUAUUUAAUGCCUGGAUCCUCUCUACCGUCGGUAGCUGCACCUCCAUUACAACCUUCUCACGGUGGUGUUGUAAAACCUGAAGCGCCAGAACAGCGCAGACCAAAAGGACGACCCGCCAAGGGCGAAUCGGCCAGCAGAUUUGGCUCCGUACAAUGUGCCGUUUGUAGUAAACGAUUUAAUAAUUCGUCAGCUCUAGCAAAGCAUAAACUAACUCAUUCCGACGAACGGAAACAUGUAUGUAAUAUUUGUUCUAAGGCAUUCAAGAGACAAGAUCACUUAAACGGACAUAUGAUGACUCAUCGUUCUAAAAAACCAUUCGCCUGCAAAGUAGAGGGCUGCGAUAAGAGUUAUUGCGAUGCCCGAUCUCUACGCCGUCACAUGGAAAAUACUCAUCAACCAGAACCUAUGGGAGGUAAAAUUUUUGACUUCGAUCCUGUUUAUAGAGCAGCCUACGAAAAAUCAUGGACGGGGUCAAGUAUCGAUGGCAGCCUUCAACAACAAUACAGUCCGAUAACCCCGACUAGUCCUAUUCCGAAUAAACCGCCCCCGCCCUUAUGGGCUGUACACGGUGUAGAGGAGCACAUGACUGUCGAAUGUAAGGAAUGUCAUCGUCGCUUUAAGAAUGUUGCUGCCUUGAACGGUCAUAUGCGUUUGCACGGUGGAUACUACAAGAAAGAAACACCAUCAGCUAAUACCAAUACCAAUGCGAAUACCAAUACCACUCGUAAUAAUCCCAUUCCUAUCCCCAUUCCCAAUCCAAUUCCUAAACCUCAAGAGCAGCCGAAGUCAUUUGUUAUUCCUCAACAACCUAAAACAAUACCGGCAGUAGAGGAGAACAAUAUAAUGUCUACAGCUUUACCAGUACAAAUUAAUACAAGUACCUUAAACGUACAUAAUAGGAAUGCUGAAGAAUACGAUCCAAGAAGGCAUACUGUAGCUAUGCCCAAUUUAACUGAACAAAAACCAAUCAUUCCGGCUGUCUCAACAUCAUGCUGGACCUAUCCAGCUCCUGAUGUAACCGUUUCCCAAUCGGUUAUUCAACAGAUAAGUACCCCUUACACUCAAGCACCCCUUCCACCUGUGUCGAAUAUACAUUUAAAGGCGGAACCGUUAACACCAAAUCAGCUUCCUAUUUCACCAAAGUCUAUGCCAGCGACUCCACUUGGCAGGAAAAACCACUUUACAUUCCCGACGCCGAAUGAUUGCGGUCAAAUAAACGACUCGAUGGACGAAUUUGGUGAACAUGUAGGAGAUGACGACGUAUUUGCAACUCAGUCAACUCUUACUUCAGCAGUAUGCACUUCAAUGGCACAAGCGGCUGAUCGAAAAAGACGUAUGUCAGCUGAUCCAGACAAAUAUACAAUGCCCAAACGACCAUACGUAACAAAGGAUAGUAUCGUAAAACUAUUACAGCAAGCUGGUAUGGAAGAAGUACUUGAGAAAUUGGGAUACGAAGUCGAUACGGGAGGUGGAGAUCAGCCAUUACCAGUAGACGAUUCAAUCGUUAAUCAUAUACCUCCCCCGUUUGUUCAAUUCAAUUCAAGCGCUAAUGUUGCGUUGGAACAAAUUGAAAGCACUUUAUCUAUUAACGACACAAUAAUGCCUCACUAUCCAGCUCCAAUGUCUGUUCAAGGAGGAAUACUUCCCAAUAAUAAUAAUAAUAGCACAGUCACUAAUAAUAAUAACAAUAAUACUAAUACUAAUAGUAGUAUUAGUGGUAAUGUUACAACUCUCCAAAGGGGUGACUUUAUAUUCGAUUCUCAGCCGCUCGUUGAAAACAAAAGCAGUACAACUAGUACAACCUUGGACACUUCUGCGAACGUUAAUACCCAUAAUUCCUCUAGGGAGAGCUCAGUAUCCACUGUUAAUCGUCAACCAGAACGUUUAAAAGACGACUUUCGAAAUCCUCAAUUACCUAAUUCUACUACUACACUGGCACAUAAAAAGAAAAAACCCCGACCGGAACCUUUAGUGAUUCCUUCAGCAGUCAAUCAAACCUACGGCUAUUAUUCUCAGUUGAGGUCGCCUAGAAUACGUGAAGGACCAUUCGAACUAACCAACAAUAAGCAACCUCCUCCUUAUACACCACCACCAAUUCUGUCUCCUGCUAGAUACGGUUCCGGUCUUUUCUGGACAGUGAGGAGGCCUGCUAAAAAGCGGCCGUCACCGCCUGAUUCUCCUGAUAGCUGUGAUACUGAAAUGGAGGAUGAAGAACCUCCACCAGAAACUGAUGUUAUGCCACAUGUGAAUAUAGGCCCAAGGUAUCAGGCUCAAAUACCGAAGGUUCAAUCAUAUAAAUAUAGAGAAGAGCGUGUUUCAUCGCCAGAAACGCUUGUUUGGUCUGUUGACUCAAGAACAGAACUAAGCGAAGAUCAACUGCUAAAAUACGAAGAUGUUGCCUGUAGUGCUGCCAUACCAGGGAAAGGAACAAAUAAGGAAUAUGCUCUUCACGUUCUACAUGCUGCUCACGGAGAUGUUCAAACAGCUAUGAUGUUAUUAUUAACUGGAGACUUGCAAGCGGUUGAAGACAAAUUUAGAAAACGAGUAAAGACAGAUCUCAUCUUUAAUGAAACAGAUAUUUGGAAUCGAGACGAGAUAGAAUCCUUCACAUCCUCAAUGACCAGAUAUGACAAAGAUUUUGUCACGAUCAGCAAGGAUGUAGGAACGAAAUGUGUGCAACAGUGCGUUCAAUUCUAUUACUUAUGGAAGAAAGUCUGCGUUGAUGAUUAUAAAAGAAUGAGAGUUUUAAGAAAAAGGCGACUGCAAGAUGAAAUGUAUAAUUAUAGAACAAGAGGUGGCUCGGUUAGUCCAUUCAGCCAGGAUAGUGUUUCUUCCACAGCUCAAGACAAACCAUACUUUUGCGAAUAUGGAAAUUGCAAUAUGACGUUCUCAAGUCAACACGCCUUAAAUAUCCAUUUGAAAUCGCAUACUACCAGUAAUCCACCAUCAAGAAGUACAACACCAAAUCCUGAUCGCGGAAUGUCUCCAGCUUCAGAUAUAGGGCAGGCGGAAGCCUGUUAUCCUUGUAAAGUAUGUGGAAAAAUCUUUACAAAAGUUAAGAGCCGAAGUGCCCAUAUGAAAAGCCAUAGGCAAGGAGUAGAAGUUAUUGCUACACCGCCCCGUUACUAUUCUUUCUCCCGCUUAACGCACGACGAGCGUAGCUGAAUGAAAAUAUAAAUAAUUACAUUAAAAAAUAAUUAUAAGAAUAUAUUUUGGAAAAAAAAACAAAUGAAAAUGGUAAUAAUAAUAAUAAUAAUAAUAA